UGGAAUUAAAUAUGAGUAGUCUGUUGAAGCAUCUUGUCUUGCAAAAAAUUCGAGUGCGUUUUAAAUAGUGUUCAUCAGUAACACUUUUGAAAACCGACAAUCAUCAUAUCUUGCCCUGACCGAACAAUGUCUCCCAAAUGUUGGUUGUUCACUUGUUUAGAAUUAUAAUUUAUAUCGUGAGCAUUGUCGUAUAUUGCAUAAGUAACGUACAUUAAAGAAGUGAUCUUCGUGAUGAUGUAUUAACUAGAUGCAUGUAAGUAUGAACGUUACGGGAGUAAUCGAGCCCAAAGGCAGGCGUGAUAAACACAGUGAGUAUGGAGGCAACUCCCUCACUAGAGCUGAGUGCUGGAUGAUCUCAGCGACGUCCGCAUUCAGUACGCCGCUUCUAUAAUAACCUCGGGCCUGGAGGACGCUCGGUUCGAAUUCGUGAGAGCGCUGAUUUCGGUUUCCAAGAGGCGAGGCGAUAAAAGCGACGUCUUGAGAUGGCGGAAACUGCUCCUGCUCAACCACCAGCUGCGGCUACUUCAGCGCCUAAAAGCCCCAAGAAGAAGCGCGCCGCUCCAAAGGCCAAGAAGGUCGGCCCCAGCGUGUCCGAGCUCAUCCUCAAGGCUCUGGCCAGCAGCAAGGAGAGGAACGGCGUGUCUCUUCCUGCGCUCAAAAAGUCGCUUGCUGCCGGAGGAUACGACGUGGAGAAGAACAAUGCCCGCGUGAAGUUGGCCAUCAAGAAGCUCGUGGCCAAAGACGCCGUGGCGCAAGUGAAGGGCAGCGGCGCGUCUGGCUCUUUCAAACUCAACAAGGAAAAGGCUGCCGCAAAGGCGAAGCCCAAGUCGUCAACGGCAAAGCCCGCAGCUAAAAAGCCCGCGGCAGCCAAGAAGGUGAAGAAGCCCGCGGCAGCCAAGAAGACCGCGCCCAAGAAGUCUCCCAAGAAAGCAAAGAAGCCCGCGGCUGCCAAGGCGGCCAAGAGCCCCAAAAAGGUGAAGUCGGCUGUUAAGCCCAAGAAGGCGGCGAAGAGCCCAGCCAAGCCCAAGGCUGCGAAGCCCAAGGUCGCUAAGCCCAAGACCGUCAAGGCCAAGGCCGCCAAACCCAAGGUGGCCAAGCCCAAGAAGGCCGCGGCCAAGCCCAAGAAGACUGCGCCAAAGAAGUGAAUCCGAUGGGACGACCGACGCUCGAUUCACUCCACCUCAACGGCUCUUUUCAGAGCCACCCACUUCGUUAAAAAAGUGAACCAGAUGCUGCUGCGCUUCAAUUAGUUCAAAUUAACUGUGUAACAUUUCACCCACUCGAUGUGUUUUAAGCAUUGAUGUGAUGGGAGUGAUCGAGCCCGAAAGCAGGGAUCACAAGCACAGGCGAGGCGGGUGGCAGCUCCCUCACUCGAACUGAGUGCAGAGUAAUCUCAGCGACGUCAGCAUUCUCGCUGGCGAUUCUAAUCUAAAUCCAGAUUCAAAAUCGAUGCAUUCUUGACGAACCUCCAAUUUUGAUUAUGUGUUGCACCUCUUCAUUCCGUCAUCAUGCUACUGGUGCCAAAUAUGGAAUU